AUGAAUUGGGUUCGGGCUAAUUCAUCGGAUUUCGGAGGGGAUCCUCCCCAACCGCGGAGGUGGUCCCCUAAUCUUGCUCCCAAAAUUCUCCUUUUUCUUUUUUUUGGACUUUGUUGAUCAACACCCGUCGAAAAUUGCUAAUUGGUAGUGGACACACGGCGGUGAAUGUGGGGAAGUCAUUGCUGGUCGUGUUCGGUGGCCUUGUCGAGAGAAGAUUCCUCAAUGAUGUGGUCGUUUAUGAUAUAGGUACGAUGCUUUCUUCUGUUUGCACCCGUGCUAGGUCUCUCUGGGAUGAUCUUGGUGCGGAGCGGCGAUGAUAUGGGUGUUUCUGGAAUAUAUUGGCAUUUUAUUUUUGCCAAUCGAGUACCGAACAGUGUAAUUGUGUUCAUAAACUGCAAUGUUGGCAAAAAUAUUCACAGAACUGCGACUCCAGAUGCAAACAUGGUAGGAUCACUAGCUUAGUGGCUCACUCCAAUGCUGACUACAGGAUGUUGAGAAAUUCCACUGUAUUCCAGGACAAUUUGUUUCAGUCCUUUAAUCGGAUGUCCACAGCUCGCGAUGAUCGAGCUUAAUCUCUUUGCCGCGUCCUUUUACCUGCAAUUCCUUUUUUUCUAUGUCGGAUAUAUUUCGGCUUUAGUUCAUAGGAAAUCUUAGUGCAUGCGACUACUAUAUCUAAUGCCUGGGUUUUAGACAUCGUUUUUUGGGAAGAUAAAAGGACAAUACCAUAUGUUGGUUGGAGAAUAAGUAUUUUCGUAUUCCGAAGGGGUGGGAACUGGUAUUCAUGAUGAUAGGAUGGGCACCUUGCUCACAGAAGAGAAAACUCCUGUCAAAUACUUGGGUCCGGCUCUUACUGACAGGAAGAUUAAACGGGCUAGAGGGUUGAAAAUGGAAACUCUGUAUUUUUUCUGAGGUAGGCUUGUCUUCUCGUUGGCGUCAUCCUCGUUUAUGGCUUUUAUUUUCAUGAUAUCAAUUACGGUAGUCAGAAGCAUUGAAGCAGCUUGAGGCUCAUCAUUUUGGAGAGGGCCUGACGAAGAAGGACAAGGUCUUAUUUAAAUGCUUUACAGUCUAAGUAGAGUGGGUCUGUUUGGCAUAUAGACAUUUGUCUUUGGAAACUUUCUGAACGGAACUUAGUAUGAUUAUCUACUUUUCGAAAGAAGAUAAUAUGAUUACUGUCCCAGGUGAAGUAUAUAGUCGACUUUGAAAAUCUCUAUUUUGCUCUUUGGAGAAGCAUUCUAAAGGAAGCUGACUUUUUCAAAAGUUCAAUGUAUUCCAACUAUAUGCGAGGGUUAUCAUUCAGCUGAGGUGGAAGAUAAAAGGUGGUGGAGAUGCAGUAAAAUAAAUUUUAUUAUAGAAAUAUUUUAAAACAAAAAUUCAACGAGUAGAGUUAGUUUUUUUGACUGAAUUUGAUUCAUACAUAGCCUAAAAAGACGCAAGAUCAGUAUAUAGCUUUUUGGUAGACAUGUAAAUGUAAUAGUAAUUCUGUAAGGACAUGUAAAUGGUAUGCAUAUCUUAUGGAAACCAAAUAGAAACAACAGUUUGUCUGCUUUAAUCGUGUCCGUGAGAGUAAAAACUGUUCAGUGGAAGAUGGUAAUCAGACCCUUGUAGCUGUUGUGGCACAGCUUCUUGAUGUUAACAGCGUGACAGAGGGGUGUGCUGAGGACAAAGCUGUCGGGGAUGAAGGUGAAUAGUGGUUGUGACGUCUAGCGGGAAUCUUUGGGUCAAAAACUGGGAUUUGGCUGACGUGAGAAAAGUAGAAACUUAACAAUUAACGUUCUAAGGUGAUGUAAGUUUUUUUUUUUUCAUCUAAUACCACACUGGACCAGAAUUAGACGCUGUGGAUAUCUUUAAUUUCGUAGCUUGUAUCUUGAUUGCCUGUUUGUAUCAUUCUAAACCUGCAAUAUCUGGCAGACUCAUUUCUUUUUUACUGUGGUUGCUUACGACCAUAAAAAAAAACUGAAUAAUCUGGUAUUUAUUUCCUUCUAAAUUUUUAUGCUUAUAAUUUUUUUCCCCCUGAGGUAUUGCCAUGCUCUCUUCGAAUUUUUGUUGAACACUUUCUUUUCUUAUUUGAUGUGUGCAAUAUUAUUUCAUAUCAGGGGCAUCCCUGGCGUGAUGUUCAAUGCUAAUCUCCAUCGGUUUUAAUUUGAGGCCAGGCCUUUGGUUGUCUCUGACUACAAUCCUUUUUAAUGGAUUACCAGAGAAUAAACUGUGGUUUACUCCACAGUGCACUGGAAAUGGUUCUGAUGGACAACUGGGUCCGUGCCCACGUGCAUUUCAUGUUGCUAUUUCUAUUGACUGCAAUAUGUUUGUCUUUGGUGGGCGUCUAGGUGGGAAAAGGUUUGACUGAUAAAUCAUAAGAUCUUCUUCUAAUAUUAUUUUGUCUCCUGUGUAUGGCAACGUGACAAAAUGAAAUUGGACUUUCAGGUUAGGUGACUUCUGGAUGCUGGACACUGGUGAGCACCACUCUUUUUUUUUUGUUAAACUUAAUCAUGAGUGUGGUUUCCUGUCAUGUCCAUUGGCUUUUAUCCUUUAGCAUUGGAGUCGUUAUAUUCGAAGUUAUCUUGAUAUUGGCGUCUCAUAUCUGCAUUUUCAUUGGUCACCUCCUCUGUUCAGCUCUGAAUUAAGGCAGCUAAUUUAAAAAGGAUACUUGAAGAUUUUUUUGUGAACUGUGAAACUCUCCUCUUUAGAACCUCGCAGAAUAUUUUACUUGCCCUCUUUGAUUACCUAUUGACACGUUUCCUUCAGAUAUUUGGCAAUGGUCAGAGUUGACUAGCUAUGGUGAUUUACCAUCUCCACGGGACUUUGCUGCUGCUUCAGCUAUUGGCAAUCGGAAAAUUGUGAUGUAUGUAUCAUUUACUUGUGUUCCUGGUUUUCAAAUUUUCUGAGAAAAAUGAUUCUAACAAGAACUUUAAACAACAACAAUUGAAGGUAUGGUGGAUGGGACGGUAAAAAGUGGCUAUCGGAUGUCUACAUCCUGGAUACAAGUUAGUCUACAUCUCCGGUUUUCAUUCUGGAUUAAUAAUCAAACCCACUUUCCCUUAAUGUGGUCGUGUUGUUUUAAACAGUAUCCCUAGAAUGGACAGAGCUAUCAAUUUCAGGAUCACUGCCAGCACCCAGAUGUGGGCAUACAGCCACAAUGGUUGAAAAACGGUUGCUCGUCUUUGGUGGCAGAGGUAAUUUUCUUGCUUUGUUUGUCAUUUUUUGUGGUUUCUGAGAUCGUGAAGAAAUGGCAGUUUUUACAUUUUAGAGUGAUUAGUUGUGCGCGCAUGAUUUCAGUAAAAGUUGUUUUAAACUAGAAACAAAGAACAUUUCACUUAUUUUUUUAAUUAAAAGUUGGACAUGUUUCUAAUCUGAUCUGUCAGAUGAUGGCCUCAAAUUUUCAGUGUAAUUUGAGCAUCUAAAUAUUUUUAGACAUUUAAUAUGUUAUGGUGUACCCUGUCAUUCAGCACCUCCGAGAGACCUUUGUCAUGGGAAAAUGGUUGGCCUCCAGUUGUUCUCUUUCCUUGGUGACUCUUACCGGACACAGUCUUUCUUGUUUCUAUUGCUUACCAGAUACAGCCCAUCUUUUUUGGCUUAGUUAGUUUACCACUUACCACCAGCGCUUAAUUUUUCAUAUGCUGUCAUUGUUUUAUUAAUUUAUUCAUGAGAUACAUGUCAUUUAACCAAUAAACUGUCAGAAACAUUUGCCAUCGGUGCCCAUCCGAUUUUAUGGAGGUCAGAUUAGUAAUUUAAUAAAUGAAUUUGACAGAUGAUCUGUUGGCUGAAAUGGCUGUUCUGACAAAGUUUUAGGAAACUAAGAAGAGUCUCAUUUCUGAUGGAUAAGCAGAUUUGACAAUCGAACCCUAAUCACUGUUAACGUGGAUGGGAUUACACUCUGGCUCAUCCAGCAGUACAAUCCUAUUCAGACCACCUGGUGAUUUCAAUGAUGUGUUGAGUUUUUCUGACGAGCAGUCCUAUCUGCUUGAAGGGCCCAUGAGAUUUUUCUAAGCAGCAGGCUGUUGAAAAAAAAUUGUUUAAAAGAGCCUGUUAGAACUCCUACGAAACUAGUUCAUGAGUGGAAAGUUCUUCCUGAUGAAGUUCUCCCUCAAAGGUCUCCUCUCCAAAGUAAAUAGAUUGAACUAGAUGAGGAGGCAGCCAGUUUUGUGUAAACAGGAAAGAGAAAGGUUAAUUGUUGUGGGUCAGACUUUCAUCUUUUUUUAGUUGGAUGAGGUGAGUUGGCUUGAAUAUAUGCAGACAUGUUGCCGUCCUUGUUAUAUCGGUGGUUAUUAUUGAAUCUUGCGUACAACUGGAGAUUUCCCCAUUUUGCAACUUAUUUUAAAGAGAACUAGUUUACAUAUAAUGUGCGCACACUUCUCUCUUCUUGUUGGAACUCAUGGAAUAACUGGAUCGAGUUGGCUAUAUUUUUUUUUAUCCUUGUAAGUUUUACAAUAAUAUUUAUAAUAUUUCAGGAGGUGGUGGGCCUAUUAUGGGUGAUCUGUGGGCUCUGAAGGGUCUGAUUGAUGAAGGUGGGAGUCUAGAUGCCUGAUUCCAUUGUACUUUUCAUUAUGGUGGCUACUUUCCAUUUUUUUCUGAGCUGAAUGUAAGUGUUUAUUUGGCUCAGUUAUGUUAUGAUUCUAUUUAUGCCAUACAUAUAGGUUAUAUUCGUUUAUUUCUCUUAUGUUUGCUGCAAAUAUUUCAUCUGUUUUAUUCUUUGUUCACCCAUCUUUCUUACUGAUUCAAGUUGGAAUGUAUCUGGCAUUGUCUCAGAAAAGGUCUGUAUCAGGAAUAAUCUAUUUGUCAUAAUUUCUGCCUGUAGAAAAAGUCAUGAAUGAUACACUAAUCUGACACUUUAUAUCAUAAUGAUUAUCAUCUAAAAGUUUAAUAACUGUCUCAUCAAAUGUAGGAUAUGCAGUGCAAUGUAAUAUGCUCCAUUUGGCUUGCCUUUGAACAUACUUUUCGUGUUACCAUUUGACUUGGUGUUGUACAUUUCAUUGUGGAUGCUCAUGUUUUACUGGAUUCACUGUUAAAAGUUCAUUAAAUUCGCUACUGUUUUGAUGUCAAAAAUUGGACCCACCACGGAAAUUCUCUCAUAACAUUUGUUUGGGAGAUUGGAGCCAGACUUGUAUAGUAUUCUAUAUUCUAUUUUGAUGUGGCAAAAAUAUAUGCCUUGUAUCUCGCCAGGAAACACUAGAGACAUUGGUGUAUGCCAAUUAUCUUGCUUUAGUCCUGUUAAGGUAACGGAUGUACGUGACCAUGUAUUCCUAGUGCAGCAUGAAAGAGUAAUCAAAUGAGUUGCAUCCUAAGUCAAACAUUGACAUUUGCUUUAGUAUUUUAUUUUGCUGCUUCAUCUCUUCUUCUUAUGUCUUUUCGUGUUAAAUUGUGGAAGGAAGAGAAUGAGACUCCAGGGUGGACUCAGUUGAAGCUUCCUGGGCAAUCUCCAUCUCCCCGCUGUGGUCAUACCGUAACGUCAGGGGGGCAUUAUGUAAGUCAUUUUCGUCUGGUGUUUUUAUUUUCUGCAUUUGAUUGAUGCGGCCCCACCCCCUUUUCUUAUUUUGAAGCAUCAUCAUGUAAUUUUUUUUCGAGUUAGCGUUGUGUGUUGUUUACUAUGCAAUCUUAUCUGAUAGCUUUUGUGGUGAAGAAAAUAAGGAAUAAUUGAGGUAACUGUAGAUUUGCACGUCCACAUUGCGUCAUGAGUAAUGCUAUGUUUGGAUUUCAAGUCUUUAUACCAAUAAUCUGCAAUGUACGUCUAUUAUAAACGCGAAAGUAAAGGGCAACAAAAUUCUUGGGAUGAGUUUAAGACAAUCUAGUCCGAUCCCAUUCAGAAUUAACUAAGACCUGGUGCAAUCCAUCUCUAGCAUUGCAUAAUUUUUGUUCAGUUCAGAACCUUCCGUUGUAGUUCUGCUUAGCAUUUUAGUCGAGCCAGUUAUGUAUGUUGUUGCAGGGAUGCAAUAAAUCCAGCCCGUGUAUAAAAGUGCCUACUGGUGGAUCUGUUUAUCUACACCCCAUUACUUUUAAUUUAUUUUAACUUCAGGGAGUUGUGCAAGAAGGUGCUGCGGCACUUUCUUGUUCUUGAGACAUGGCGUGAGUUCAGACUUUUUUCUCUGUUUUCUAACUCAGAUUUGAACCCUUCCCUUCUGUUUCUGCACGCCUUUUUUUUGUCAUCAGCUUAAAUGGUUUCGGUUUUAUUUGCGAGGAUUGACUUGAACAGCACACGAAUCCAUUGCUAUCCUAGUAAGUAACAAGAAACAAAGCAUUUUGUACAGCUGUGAUAUUGGGAAGUAGCAUGACGUGAGUUCAUAUUGGAAUUGAAGUAACGUCUACCAUUGAGAAACCAUGAAUAAAAAUCUUACAGAAACUUACGUUCCAUCACCAUCUAGUUGAGAAUAUCAAUAAGCUUAUGGGUAAAGAUUCAACUGACUAGAAAUUUUGGUUACAUUAUUUAUAGUGAUCUAUCGUACUAUUUCACUAAAAUGAGGUGAACAAAUGUCUUACUAAUUUUAUUCAAGUUCUAUGCCUUUGAUUUAAGCAUCGAUGUUAUCUUGCUUAAAUGAUUUGAUCUUCUGAACGUGUAUUGUUGAGGCAACCUGAUGAAUCAUUAUUCAGUAAAGACAGUGCGAUCGAUUCUUCUAUAAACAUGGUCUGGGUAGGUGCGCAAAAUCCAAGAAUGCAUACUGUUAAACAUCAAAAUAAAACCCGCAACAGUCAUCAUCUUCGUAAGGCACCUUAUCUCAAGAAAAUCAUGAAGAUCACUCACAUCAAACAGAUAACAAGCCUGUUUCUUAAUGCGGUUCAUAUGCACGUGCCAAUGAGAGAAAUGGGACAAUUUGAGUGCAGAACAUGAGCCAGAAUAUGUUCUCUCACUUCAACAUUUUAUUUGUAAUGCACAUAUUUUCAUUGUCCCAUUUACAUCAUGUCACGCAGUUGUUCGUUUCGUCUGCUUUUCUACUUAAUAACAUGAUCAAAUCAUCAUAGAAAAACAGGUUUUACUCCUUGCUCCUAGGCAUAGAAGUGCAGAAGGUCUAAUGCACCAGAUAGUCAGGAUGCCUGUGGGUGCCUCUACCUUCUGGAUGAGAUUUCUUUCUUGAUGGCAAGGAUGCUACUGAAUGAAGAGUCUUUUGUCCUUAAUGUGCCACUGUCACAUCUCCCUUUUGAAAGGGCCUCAUAAAUUUACAGAUACCUAUAUAUAUUUAUUUACAUGGUCGUCCAUGAGAACAUAAUUUCUGGCUUAAUUCUGUUUUCAGCUUUUGUUAUUUGGUGGCCAUGGAACUGGUGGUUGGUUGAGCCGGUAUGAUGUAUAUCACAAUGAAUGCAUUAUUUUAGACAGAGGUGAGCGACUGGGUAUUUCCUCCAUGCGUUGAUCAGUUCUUCCUAGUUGCACUUAUUUGGCGUCUUUGGAUAGUCUCUGUGCAGUGGAAGCGCCUGCCCACCAGCAACGAUCCUCCUCCACCACGUGCGUAUCACUCCAUGAGUUGCAUAGGCCCACGCUACCUUUUAUUUGGCGGAUUCGAUGGAAAGUCUGCAUAUGGUGAUCUAUGGUGGUUAGUUCCAGAAGGUACUUCCUCUUGGAUCUGCACUAUUAACAGGUUCAUUGUUGUAUCCAUGGAAGAAGUAACAUAUUUAAUCGUGGGACAGAGCAUCAAACCAAUUUGUCUGGGUCUUGUUUGAUAUUAUUGAAGGGGCUGUGUGCGUUACUCAGUUUAGUAUUAUCGAAGGGGCCUGCACCCAGAUUUGAUUUGAUUUGAUUUGAUUUUCUUUUCUUUUCCUUUUAUUUGGUCAGAGUUGGGGUUUGGCAAGGUUUCUGCAAAGUUCAAUAAAUGUUCUACAGUCUUUAUUCUUCUCUCUAAAGUGCUAAAAGCCUUUUCAAGAGUUUCUCACCCCUCCGCUGUACAAACUACUGCAGAUGAUCCCAUUUUGAAGAGAGUAUCUGCUUCCCCCCAGAGCACUCCCCAUGCGACUGAGACAUCAUUAUCUGGCGGCCGGAACCAGUUCCUUCCCAAGGUGCGAUUGAGUCGUCGCUGAAUCAAACAAAUUUCCUGCUUCAUACAUAGCCCGGUAGCUUCAGACCAAUCUCUUCUGUCUGUAUUUCUGUCGCAGUGUAAUCUCGUUUGCAGCAUCUGCCCUUUUACUUGCACUGCGUAAAGCUCGAACCUUUUCCUUGUUUGUAUUGUUUUUAGGAUCAAGAAAGAGAAGAAUCCCCGUUUCUGGAGUUGCAGAAGAGGCUAGAAAUUUUGAUAUCUCCUUCGGCCGCGCGGGUCAGCGUCGUCGACGAAUUGCACGACGACGAACUCCUGGAGCUGGCAUCGAGGUUGUCAGGGGAAGGGAGCUCCGCUCACAGCCCAACUGAGCGCAUUCAGGUACUCAUGGGAUGAUAUGGUGCAUGCUUUCAUGUCUUUCUCCCUCUAGAGAGAGGAUGCUUCUCUUAUCGGUGAGGGUGCAGGCGCUCCGUGAGAAAUGGCGAAGGUCAUCGCCAGCGUCGCUUCGUCUCAAGGAGCUGGGACCUCUGCUACGAGACUACCAGCGGUUAAUCAUUCGUCGCGAUCAGUAAGUUUCCUCUGCUUCUUUGCUAUCAGAAGCUGCUUCAAAGCUCCAAACUGUGAAUCGUAGGAGUUGCACAUGGGAUUUGCUUCUUCUUGGAUGGGUCCGAACUGAUGAAUCGCUUCCAAGCUGUGGCAGGGAGAAGGCAGCAUCCCACCCACCUCUUCCGGCGGCGCCCGACUCUUGUGACGGACGGAGCCACCCGUUCUUCCAUCUAAGAGAUGCCUCCCAGGUACAGAAGCAUCCACGGAGCUGCUGGUGCUCUUGUGGGAGACCUUCUGUGUACCUAUACCCCUUUGAGGUCCCAUGAAUCUGUAUUCGGCUUACCUUGGCUUCUUCUGAAAUUUUCAGCUGCGCAUGGACGACAUCCCGGGGCUUCUCGAGGAGUUCAGGCAGCUUCUGCCUGCAUGA